CAGAUCAGGCUGCUGCUGCACAGGUCGACCGGCGAGGGGAACAAACCAGAGUGGACUUUUGGAGCAACUGGUGGUGGAGAACUCACUUUUGCUGCUGUUUGCUGCCUCUCAAAGGGGGGGGGACGAGUGCGGCCUGGAGAAGGGAGGAACGUGUUGGGGAGCAGCAAGCCUCCAGGGAGGUUACAGAUCCAGAACCAUGGAGCCCUCCGUGUCGACCGAGGUGGAGCCCAAAGAGAGGAGGAAGAUCCAGUUUGCCGUUCCGGCCUCGGCACCCACCAACCUGGACCCCCGGCAAGUGGAGAUGAUCCGGCGCAGGAGGCCGACGCCCGCCACACUCUUCAGAGUAGCUGAUCAGUCGUCACCUGAGGAUGACCAGUCCAGCCAUCAGGUAAAGUGGGUUGUCGGGGAGAACGGAGUCCUGAAACCAAAGCGUGUCAAUCCAAAUGUAUACCAGCCCCCGUCACUCAAAGCUGUGCAGAAGAUGGCCGAGGCGCACAUGCAGAACCUCUGUGUCCACCCUCCUCUGGAGGACCCUUGUGAGGGCGAGGAGGAUGACGACCUUUGGCAGGGGGAGGAGGGCGAGCACCAACCUCCCACCAAAGCGGCUGACCACCAGGAGGUGGCAACCACUGACCGAUCAGAAGCCACUCCUGGUGGUGCAAAGGAGACGGACAAGCUCAUCCACGAAUCACAGGCGGAGGAGGGACAAGAGGAGGAAGCGGGAGGGGAAGCGGAGGGUAAAUUCAAGGGGACCACAGAGAAGAAGAACUGAGAGAAAGGAGGCAAAGGUGUGUAAUAUUUGAUGAGGAAAUACUACUUUGGUUAUCAACAAAAGUGUAAAACCAACAAAAGAAGGAAACAGGGUACCAUGUGGUUAUGAAUAAGCGAGGACAGUUUGUCUAGGAGAGGUCAGAGGUUUUCGCUAAUGAUGAAGAGGCCUGGAAGGAUAGGUAUGCGCAUCCUCCCUUUAAGAGGCCGUGGUCACUUUGACCUCACGCAAGAACAACUCCUCCCUUCUGCCUUCAUGCCUCUGCGCACAGCAGCUAAACGCUCCUUCACACUAAUAAGAUCCCACGCAAACAUCUUACAAGACUUUCAAUAAAUGAAAUACGUCUAUGUGCUGUGGUGUCACACUUUACUGCAAAUGUUCAGUGGAGCCUCUGAAGACGCUCGUGUUUGGGCUGUGAACCAUUCGUUCCCUUUGGAUACAAUAGAGAUAGACAAUGAUGUGUUCCAGGGUCAAACUGUUGCCAAAAUGUAGCUUUUUGUCCUCUUUUAAUAUUCUUAACUGUCCUUCAGGUGUGAAAAGGACUUACUCUGUUCAAAAGUAAAACAAAACGUCUCAUAACAUUGACCAUUUUUUUGUCAUACUCAUGUAAAUUUCUCCUGAAAAUUAUGGUUGAAUUUUGAAUCACACAACCUCAGGUGUGUUUGACUUUAGAGGUUCCACUGUACGUGAUUGUAAACGGGAUCCUCCCGUGUGCAUCUAUCGCCAUCUUGUGGCUGGAAGGCAUCAUGGCAAGUUAUCAGCUUUUGAAUUAUUUUUUUUUAUCAGUGCUUGUCAAACCGUGACUUUUGGGUCAAGGACAAGUCCCGCAAAACAAGCAAGUUUUAGUUGUGUAAAAUGAACAAGCAUAGCAAGUGUGUAUUGUAGUGAAGUCUUUACAUUGGAUACAAAUCAUUGCUGAACUGACCUUUCAAGGGCGAAGCUACCUCUCAUGUCCUCGCAUCUCACUUCCUUCUGUCUCAGCACUUUUCUACUGUCAUCUUUGUAACAAGAGACUUUUCCUUCUAACACAACAUCUUUCUUCACCUGAAAAGCAGUCGUCGCGGGGGUUACCAUGUGACUGACAUCUCACCAAAAUGAAACUUUAUAUCUGGGGAUGAAAUGCUACAGUGUUUCUAAGCUUGUCCUGUCACCCAGGAGCUGACGGUUGUAAAUCUUUCUAUUGUAAAAAAAAAAUCUAAUCUUUAGAAAUGACUGUAUGAGCAGCUUGUGUGUGUUUUCGGUUUUACUGGACGUCCCCCCCCCCCCCCCCUUCCCUCUCCCUUCUGGUCCAAGGGAUGUAUGAACUUAUCGAUCAUUAUUUUUAUUGUCUGUUCACUUGUUUUUCAAUGUGAUUGUUGGUGGUUGUUUUAAAGUGACCUACCGAACAAUGUCAAAAUAAAACACUUUUCCCCUUUG